GUGUCGACUUGGCUCUGCUCAUGUGACUUGGUUUCAAUUGCUUCUUGUCACGUCUUCAUAGACGAGUCAGAGUCGAGUCUUGAGUUCUUGACUGGAGUCCAAGUCAUGUGUCCGAGUCCACACCUCUGCUGGUUACCGUGGCAACAAUUAAAGUUGAAUCAUUUACAGUAAUCAUCACCUGGUUUCAAGGAACUCUGGCGGAAGGAGGAACAGGUCGGACCAGAUUCUGGAGGAUCAUGUGACUCAGAGAUCAGAGCAUAAAUAUCUGAAGGGAGUCUGAAGCCAGUCAGUCGUCACUGAAAUGGAGGCCAGAGCUGAAGUUCUCUCCUGUUCCGUCUGUCUGGAUCUACUGAAGGAUCCAGUCACUCUUCCCUGUGGACAUAGCUUCUGUCAGGUCUGUGUUGAAGGUUACUGGGACUCAGAAGGUGAGAGGAACAUCUGCCAGUGUCCUCAGUGCAUACGGACCUUCACCUCGAGGCCUCUCCUGCAGAAGAACGUCAUGUUAGCACAGUUAGUGGAGGAGCUGAAGAAGACUGGAUCCCCAGCUGCUGACCUCUGCUAUGCUGGACCUGAAGAUGUGGCCUGUGACUCCUGCACUGGGAGGAAGCUGAAAGCCCUCAAGUCCUGUCUGCAGUGUCUGACCUCUUACUGUGAGCAACACCUCCAGCCUCAUCUAGAUGCUCCAGCCUUCAGGAGACACAAGCUGGUCCAGCCGUCCAAGCAGCUCCAGGAGAUCCUCUGCUCUCAACACGAUGAGGAGAAGAAGAUGUUCUGUCGUACUGAUCAGCAGGUCAUCUGUCACCUCUGUGCUGUGGACCAACACAAAGACCACCACAUUGUCUCGGCCGCAGCAGAGAGAAGAGAGCGAGAGAAAGAGGUGGAUCAGAGUCGAGGAAGGAUCCAGCAGAGGAUCCAGGAGAGACAGGAAGAGCUGAAGCUGCUUCAGCAGGAGCAGGAGAUCAUCAGAGACUCUGCUGAUAAAGCAGUGAAGGACAGUCAGGAGACCCUCCAGCAGCUGAUCCAGAACCUCCAGAGAAGAAUGUCUGAUGUGGAGCAGCAGAUCAGAUCCCGGCUGGAGACUGAAGCCGCUCGAGUACAAGGACUUCAGGAGCAGCUGGAGCAGGAGAUCGCUGAGCUGAAGAAGAAAGAUGCUGAGCUGCAGCAGCUGUCACUCACCGACAGUCACUUGGUCUUUCUCCAGAACUGGUCCUCACUCUCAGAGGUCAGUGAAGACACGCUCUCCUCCAGGACCCACGUCUGUCCUCACUGCUGUUUUGAGGAAGUGUCAGCAGCCGUGUCAGCCAGCAGAGAGCGACUCCAGGACCUUCUGAGAGACACCUGCACCAACAUCUCACUGAUGCUCGCUCCAGAGCCCAAGACUAGAGCUGAGUUCCUCAGGUUCUCACGGGACAUCACUCUGGAUCCAAACACUGCAGGCUCAUGGUUGUUGUUGUCUAAAGGAAACAGGAAAGUGAGAGACACAGGGAAAGAUCAUUCUCCUCCUCAUCAUCCAGACAGAUUCACUCGUUAUCCUCAGGUCCUGAGUAAAGAGCCUCUGACUGGACGUUGUUACUGGCAGGUGGAGUGGAGAGGAAGAGCUGUCAUAGCAGUCUCAUACAAGAACAUCAGCAGAUCAGGAAGAGAAAGUGAAUUUGGAGAUAAUGACAAAUCUUGGGCUUUAUGGUGUCAGGACUCUGGUUGUUCAUUCACACACAACAGCAUCAGAACUCAAGUCUCCACAGCUCCAUCCUCCAGAGUGGGAGUGUACCUGGAUCACUCUGCAGGUCUUCUGUCCUUCUACAGCGUCUCUGGAACCAUGACCCUCCUCCACAGAGUCCAGACCACCUUCACUCAGCCUCUACAUGCUGGGGUCGAGGUCUGGUCCUCCUCAUGUGAGAUCCUGAAGCUGAACUGAACCACAGUGUGAGUUGUGUCUCACAAACUCUUCCUGCUGGUUGUUGACUUCUUUCCUCUCCAGCAGUGUGUUUGUGUCCAUCUGUGUGUCAUUGUUGUUGGGCUUUAAACACUUGCGUCUGUGUGUGUCUGUGUGUGUGUAAUAAUGAUCCCACUUUAUUCAUAUCAAUGUUCCCAAAGUGCUUUUACUGGCAAAACUGUUUGAACUUGGUUUUGAUUUCAGAUUUGUGUCUUGUGAGUUUCAGUCACUUUCGUUGAAGCCACCUCAUUUUUGUGUAUCAAUGUUGUGUUAUUGUGCAUUUGGAUUGUGGACAAUUGAUCAUGUGACUCUAAUCACUGAAGUAAAGCUGCGGAUGAACGGUGUUGCUGGAGUGUGUGUUUUUCCAGUGUCUGGCAUGUUUAGAAAGCCUCUCCCAAAGUUCUUCUGUCUUCAUGUAGGUGCACAUGAAUGGGAGUAAUGGAUGGUUGUGGGUUAAGGAUGGGACUAGAGGUAAAGAAAAAGCGGUCUCAGCCCAGAGGGCGCGAGCCACAGCGAUCUUGUCUGCCUCCUGGUGGACAGUUUUUAAAACUUUAUUUUAUCAAAAUCACAAUAAGGUUUGUGAGACUUUUGUGAACAGUUUCCCGGCAGGACAGCGCCGUGGAACCAGCUAGCACAGACAUGCUAGCAAACGGCUGAAAGAAGGCACCCACUUCAGGCGAGUCCAGACCAACAAAAGCGAGAUCAGAAUCCCUCGAACCGACCGAACAGAAUGCACACUGCCAGAGCCUGGUCCCUGAAGGCAACGCUGGAGGACGUCCACUCACUCUGGUGAUGUGGUUCUCACUGGUGGGAGAAGAGAGUCAGACCAGAGGAGAAGAAGCUCAAGCUGCGUGCGCAGAAAUGAUGCACCCGUCACUGACCUUGCCUUUAGCGCUCUCUGACUCAUCGGACAGGUCGGAGGAAUCUUCUGUGGGAGGCUCGGAGGAGCUCAGCUCUGCUCUUCCUCUCUUCUGACACUUCCUCUCCUCCACCUUGGAAUCUAAACCAUCAGUGAGAGCUUCAGGAACCUGCACUUUACUUCCAGGUCAGCUUUAAAGCUGCCCUUUCCAACGAUGGCGCCCAACAACCAUGGCUUCAGUCUAUUAUAUCAUUUCCUCCCAGGCUUUAUACAAAUCCAUGUCUUGUACGUUUGUGAACCAACAGCACCAUCUGCCGUAUAUCGGGGGCAACUACAUUCGCCAUUUGUAAACUCGAGACUUGAGAUGACCGUAUUUUUCGGACUAUAACUCAGUGUGUAGUAUGAAUCGUUAUAAAAAAUGUAUCAUGAAAAAGCAUAUCCAAGACAUACUGUAAUAUAAAUCAUAUUUUCUUGGGAAAUUUAGUUCCCACACUGCAUAGAUCCCCAUUAAUGUCCCCGUCCUUUUGUUAUUAGGAUGUUUCUCUUGGGAUUUUCCAGUU